UUAUGUUAAAGAGGACAAACAUGGCACUGUUUUGAUGCAGUUGUGGCCAAUUUGGUGGCAGCAGGGAGGGUAGCCUCCACUGUACGCAAGGAGGUGCCACUAUAGCCCACCUGGGAGCCAUGGAACUUUCUCUCCCCCCCCCCGUCUUGAAAAUGAUGAUCCUUAUCUACUGAAUACUUCACAUAAGAAGAUAAGAAAUAACAGAUUGAUGCAGACAUGGACAAGCAGUGCAAUUCGACCAGUGCCCCAACAUGCAAUGGAGUUCCAGCUCAUAAGGAGAAAAUCUGUUCUUUGGUAGCUGAAGGCCAUGGCCAGCAAAUCCUAAAUGUAUUGCAAAGCUUCAGGGACCAAAACAUAUUUUUUGACUUCAAAAUACUUGUGAACGAUGAAGCAAUUCCAUGUCACCGUUGUGUUCUAGCUGCAUGUAGUGACUUCUUCAGAGCCAUGUUUGAAGUUAACAUGAAAGAAAGAGAUGAUGGAAGUGUUACUAUUAGUAAUUUAUCACCCAAGGCAGUGAAGGCUUUCCUAGAUUAUGCCUACACUGGAAGAAUUGAGAUAACAAAUGAUAAUGUAGAAAUGUUUUUUCAGCUAUCAUCCUUUCUUCAAGUUUCGCUUCUUUCAAAAGCUUGCAGUGACUUUCUAAUUAAGAACAUUGAUCUUGUCAAUUGUUUGCAACUGUUAUCUAUUUCUGAAAGUUACGGGUCCACCCAGCUAUUUGAUCACACGCUAAAGUAUGCCCAGCGCCAUUUUUCUUUGCUGCUUCAAUCAAAUGAUUUCCUAGAAAUGAAUUUUGAGAUAUUGGAAAAAUGUAUAGAAGCUGAAGAGCUGAAUGUCCCAGAUGAAGAGACUGUGUUGAAAGCUGUAUUUCGAUGGAUAAAGCAUAACUUAGAAGCAAGACAGAAGCAUCUUCGUAAAUUGAUGAAUAAUGUGAGGUUGCAUCAGUUGUCUGAAAAGACACUGGAAGACAUCUUGCAUUUUGAAGAACAGUUACUUGCAAACACUGGCUGCUUAAUAAUAAUCAAUGAGGCAAUUAAAAAUGUGCAGACAUUCAGUGGGUUGUUUCCAGAUGCUCGCCCAUCAACAACAGAGAAGUACAUAUUUGUUCAUAAAAUGGAAGAAAAUAGUGUACUUAAGCAUACAUUUUGCUAUAAUAUAAAAACUGAUAAGUGGAAAGAACUGACACACACACCCCUAAUUGAUCUGCCUGGAUCAAGUUUGUCUAGUUAUGGUGAAAAACUAUUUAUAACUGGUGGAUGUAAAGGGAACUGUUUUCGGACUAUUAGACUGCAUAUUGCUGAAACAUUUCAUGAUGCCACUGACCAAACUUGGUGUUACUGCCCAGUAAAUGGGAGCUUCUCAUUAGUAUCAGCUAUGAAGAAGCCAAGGACAAUGCAUACAUCUGUUGUAACAUUAAACCAAUUGUUUGUAAUAGGUGGGAAGACAAGAGCAUCUCAGGAUAUCAAAAGCCUUUUGGAUGUGGAAGCAUACUGUCCAUUGUCUAGAGAAUGGAAAUCUAUGAGUCCAUUGCCAAGAGGCAUCUACUAUCCAGAAGCAAGUGCAUGUCAGAAUAUAAUUUAUGUGCUUGGUUCUGAAGUAGAGAUUACUGAUGCAUUUAAUCCAUCUCUUGAUUGUUUCUUUAAAUAUAAUGCUGCAACUGAUCAAUGGUCUGAGCUUGUGGCAGAAUUUGGGCAGUUCUUCCAUGCAACCUUAAUCAAAGCUGUUCCAGUGAACUGCACAUUGUAUAUAUGUGACCUUUCAACCUACAAAGUUUAUAGUUUUUGUCCAGAGACGUGUGUUUGGAAAGGGGAGGGCUCUUUUGAAUGUGCGGGUUUUAAUGCAGGAGCAGUUGGGUUGGAAGAUAAGAUUUAUAUCCUUGGCGGAGAUUACGCUCCUGAUGAAAUUACAGAUGAAGUACAAGUCUAUCAUAGCAGCAGGUCUGAAUGGGAAGAGGUUUCACCCAUGCCAAGAGCCUUAACAGAAUUCCAUUGCCAAGUGAUUCAGUUUAACAAAUAUAGGGACCCAUGGUUGCAGUAACAUAUAAAAUGUCAAAAUGAUAAGCAUUUGCACUUGUUUUAAAUUUUUAUUUUAUUUGGAGGAAAGCAAUUAUGGGGAAUGCAAGCUACCAAACACACACACACACAAAAUCAGUUUCUACCAUUUAUUUUGAUACAGGAGUGAAGUAUGGUAGAUUAUAAAAUAGCCCUUUUAGAACUGUGGUAGGAGGAAUUCAGCUUUUUCUCCCCCAAGGGAAUGGUCAUGGGUAGGAUCAAAGGAGUUGUGAGUCAAGAGGGCUUCAGUUUGAUUUUUCUCAGACAGCAGUUUUCCAUACUUCAUGCAAAUGCAUUUUUUUUAUAUUGAGGGGAGCGUCAAAAGCUACAAAUAUACAUUGAGAACCACUGGGUAAAAGAGAGUGAAAAUUUGCUUUAGGCAAUUUUUGCACUAAACAGAUUUUGAUCAUGAUUAAAAUUUUAAAAUAUAGUUGUUCCUCGUUUUUACUUCACAUGAUGUACACUCUUAUGCUUUCUGAGUAGAUUUCAAAUGAUAACAGUUUGGUGACAAAAUACUAGUAGACCUAUUGGUGUUCUAGUAUGUGCAAUUUUUGUAAUAGUGUUCUCCAAAAGAUAAAAACUGAGCCUAAAAAUUGAAGUUUUGUUUAAUAGUUUUUUAAAAAAAGACUGCAUAAUGGUAAAGUCUAGAUAUCAGCUGCUUAAGUAUUAUUCUUAAGCUGCUGGUUUAUUAAUUUUGGUCUAUUUAGCAUAUAUAGUCACUCUGGUUAUUAAAGGACAUUUGACUAUUUUGGUAGAACCACAACACUUAUUCACAGAUUAUUUUUAUUGUUUUUUAUAAAGCUGUUUCAGGUAAAGCUAUGCUGGCUAAACUACUUCAUUGUUUUGGUUAAGUAUUCAGUACCACUAGUAUUAUGGCUUCUGUUGUAAAUCAAAAGUAUGAGCAUGGUUUUUACCAUUAUUUUACCUCAUUAUUCUGGUAGCCAAAGACAAAGAAAGGCCAAGACUAAGACAAGAUGUUCAUGCUUAUGCAAUAAAAGGCAUGCAGCAAAAUAUUUACUUUGUGUAGCAAAUAAAAAUUAUUGAAAGCUAUAUAGGGAAAAAUAUCAGUGCUUACUGCAUCAAGAUAUAAAUACAAUCACUCUGGUGGUAAUAACAUAAAAGGAAUUUAAGUAAAAGUUCAGUAAAACGUAUUUUUGUGUAUAAUUGUACAUGCUAUUGUUGCUUCUCAGGACCAAGAGAGGCUGCUUGAAGUAUUAAUUAUAUAUAAUGGAUUAAAUCUAAUGUUAGAUUUCAGUGAGGCUUCCUCCUAAGGUUGAAAUCUAGGAUUUCAACCUUAGACCCUCCAUGAAAAGAUCCAAUUAAAUCAAUGCUACUCAAGCUCUAUUCAGUCAUCUGUUUUUUUCAACACACUUGAAGGAGCACUUAGCUCUGUCACCCCCAGAGUUGCUUUCUGUACAUAAUACAGACAUCACAUACUGUACUUCUCAGGGAAUCCUGAAAAAUCUAGAUCGGGUCAGGGAACUUUUUUACCCCCCCCCCCCAAU